AUGACCAUCUCCACCCCCAACCGACGUGGGAGCAACGGGGACGACGACGCCGCAAGCCCGGGGCUGCACCGGGCGGCUGAACUGGACGAUCUGCUCGGCGCCCUUCGACAGCUCAUCGUUCCCUACGUUCGCUCGGCCGACGACGCCGCUGCUCAUCGGGCAACUGGCACGCUUCCCCACGACGCCGAGGGCCGCCCGCAAAAUGUCCUUGUGCGUCUCUGCCCGCCAGACGACCUUGCCGCCAAGCUCGGCCUGACCCUGCCCGACCAAGGCCAGGGCAAGGACGGCCUGCUCGACGUCGUCCGCAGUGUCCUCGAGCACAGCGUCAACACCUGGGACCAGGGCUUCCUGGACAAGCUGUAUUCGAGCAACACGCCCGUCGGCGUCAUUUCCGAUGUGGUCCUGUCCGUCCUGAAUACAAACUUGCACGUCUACCAGGUCUCGCCGGCACUGACCAUCGUCGAAAAGGCAACGGCCCGCGCCCUCGCCCGCCGCUUUGGCUUCACCGGCCCCCUGGCCGGCGGCGUGACGUGCCAAGGCGGCAGCUCUUCCAACCUGACCUCUCUCGUCAUCGCCCGGAACACGCUGUACCCCGACUGCAAGUCCGCCGGGACCACCAAGUAUGACUUUGUCGUCUUCACCAGCGCCCAUGGCCACUACUCGGUCGAGAAGAGCGCCAUGAUCUGCGGCCUGGGGUCCUCGGGCGUCUGCAAAGUCCCCGUCGACGAGGCUGGCAACAUGAGGCCAGACAAGCUCCGAGAGCUUGCGUUGCGAGCAAAGGACCAGGGCAAGACGCCACUCUACGUCAACGCCACUGCCGGAUCCACCGUCAGGGGCUCCUUUGACCCCUUUGAGGAAAUCUCGGCCAUCUGCAAGGAGCUGGGCAUGUGGAUGCACAUUGAUGCCAGCUGGGGAGGCCCCGUCGUCUUCUCCGCCCACCAGAGGCACAAGCUGCACGGCUCUCACCUGGCCGACUCGCUGACCAUCAACCCGCACAAGAUGAUCAACGUUCCGACGACUUGCUCCUUCCUCCUCGGCCCGGACAUGCGAAUCUUCAACCGGGCCAACAGCACCGACGCCGGCUAUCUCUUCCACGGAAACGCCGACCACGACACCUGGGACCUGGCCGACCUGACGCUGCAGUGUGGCCGGCGCGGCGACAGCCUCAAGCUUGCCCUGGCCUGGAUGUAUUACGGCGCCGACGGCUUCGAGCGGCAGAUCGACCACGCCUUUGACAUGGCGUCGCGCCUGUACAGGCUGGUCAAGGAGACGGGCAAUUUCCACAUGCUCUCCAUCGGCCCACCGCCGUGCCUGCAGGUUUGCUUCUACCACGCGCCCGGCGGGAGGCUAUCGGAAGAUGCCGCCAGGAACACGAAGCAGACGCAGAGGAUGGUCGAGCGGCUGGUGCACCGGGGGUUCAUGGUCGACUAUGCCCCCGGGGACAAGGGCAGCUUCCUGCGGGUGGUUGUCAAUGUCCAGACGCUUGCGACGACGAUCCAAGGCUUGGUGCGAGCCAUUGAACAGGUUGCAACGGAAGCAAUGUGA